GCCCAUUCCUAUCCUAAACUAAUACACCUAAAUUCAUGAACACGUGAACCCCCGUGACAACAUGUGACAAACAAUCUCCACAGCCCAUGCUGACAACCGUCGAUUUCUCCAAUCAAACGGACCAUACAACCGUAACGCACCAUAAUAACACCCACACCCAUUCAUUUUCUCUCACUAUAAAUACCUCUCUCUCUCUUGCCGCCAUUUUCACUCCGGUAAUGUUCGGCGACGUACUCUGUGACCGUCCAAAGCCCUGGUUCCUCUGCCCGUCAUUAUUUACCUGCCAUUACAGCUCCGUAGCUCAUCGCCUUCAUGGUUCCGAUUGCGGCUUUCCGAUCAAACUAUUGGGUCCAGCUAACGGAUUUUGUGAUAUGAUCCUUCGGGACGGACAUGAUUAUUGUUCGAGCCCUGUGGGUGAAGGCUCAUGGAACGUUGCUUGGGAUAUGCGUCCGGCUCGAUGGCUUCAUCGGCCUCAUACUGCUUGGCUUCUGUUUGGCAUAUGUGCUUAUCUUGCGCCACCGCCCGUCGAUUUUACGGAUGCGGUUUUGAAAUCCGUUGAUAUCAAUGAUGAACGCGUUGAUGGGAGCGUUUUGGAGGACUCCGCUAAUUACAGAGUCACAGGUGUUCCAGCAGAUGGAAGAUGCUUAUUUCGAGCAAUAGCGCAUAUGGUUUGUUUACGAAAAGGAGAAGAUGCUCCUGAUGAAAAUCGUCAAAAGGAACUUGCUGAUGAAUUACGAGUCCAAGUCGUUGAUGAGCUCGUGAGGAGACAAAAAGAGAUCGAAUGGUUUAUUGAAGGAGACUUUGAUGCAUAUGUCAAAAGGAUUGAAAAACCAUUUGUAUGGGGUGGAGAACCUGAGCUGUUGAUGGCUUCCCAUGUUCUCAAGACUACUAUAUCCGUGUACACAUUUGAGAGGGGUUCCAACAAUUUGUCAAAGAUUGCAACAUAUGGCGAAGAGUAUGAACAAGAUGAAAUUAGUUCGAUUAAAGUGUUGUUUCAUGGCUAUGGUCAUUAUGAUAUUUUGGAAGAUAAGUUUUAGCAAACUCACAACAAGUAGAUAAAAGUUAUGUGUUCCAUCUGGGUACUAACAUCACAACUCGAUUCUCUAUACAAGAUCCAUCUUUUACCCCUAAGGUUUAAUACUUUUAUCAAGAUCUUAUGUCAUUGGUUUUCCAUGUCACUUUUUAGUGAUAACUGAAGUUCAUAUAUUUGGGACGACCAAAACAUUGUUUCGACUUUGUAUAAAUAUGGUUCCUAUAGGAUUUUAUCAGCUUGAGAUUUGGCUAAGCUAA